AUUACGAUUACGUGUAGAUUUAUUUUUUUGUGUCCAAUAAAUUCAAUUUAGACUUUUCAGGCACCACGUAUUUUCACCGCGCCCGCGCUUGGUUUCGGUGUUUGGUGUUUUUCAUAUCUACCGAGCCUUUCUUUUUUAUUCGUACGUUCGAUCCGGAUCCCUUUAUCUUUCCGUACCGAUCCCAAAUUUUGACUCAUUUUGAUUGCAGUCCCAGGAGAGAUGUGUUUUUCCUUUUGACUUUGAACUCCAAUUCGAACUCAUCUUUUGAUCACUGUACUCAUCUUUUCUAUUUUUCGUUCUUUUUGGAAAAGAAGAUGAGAAGACUCUUCUCAUCUUUUUGUUUUUGUGUUCUGAAAAAAUUGGCAAGAGAUCAUUGACUUGGAUUUCCGGGAUCUACAUCUAAAUCAGCGCAUUCCGUUCCUACCAUUUUGGUUCUGGUCCUUUCCACACUGACAUGGUUUUCCUACGACUAUUUGCAUUUGAGUGGAGACGACAUCAAGAGAGAUAGAGGGCCGGGCACCAGGUCGAAGAGAAACUCAGAGAAGGACACCAAGUCCUAAAAAUUGUAACGAUGCGGCUGUUUCUUCCAAUUCUUUCGUUUCUGAUUCCGGUCGCCAACGGAAUUUUGUUGAGCAACAAGCAGGAGCCGCCGGCGUGUGCGAACAUCGAGUGCGCCCCGCUGAAAUGCCCCACCGGUUUUGAUGAGAAGCAGGAGCCGGGAACCUGCUGCCCCGUGUGCUUCAAUCCAGACAUCAAACUGGAAGCCGUAAUUAUGUGGUCUAGACGUUGUGUUGUGUUUUUCCAUUUUGGGUAUUGUAGAAGCUCAGUUGCAGCAAUCCAGAAACCAUUGAAAUUCUGUACGAUGUUGUUUUUGGUUUUUGCACGGGAGGAUUUUGAGUUUUCUUUUACUUAAACCUGGAUGUGCGUUUAGAAGUAAAAUGAAAGAUAAAAAACGAACGAAUUCCUUCACUUAAAUUUAAAACAGAAACUCACGGGCGCGACGGGCGAAUUUGGCGGCAGCGAGAGCACGUUUUGCAAAGGGACCUGGUGCUUCCCGACCUUUUACGCCUUGUGAUCGAAACUGCUCUCUGUUUCCUCUGCAGGAGGCUUUUCCUGAUUCGGAGUUUUUGUUCUGUAUGUUUCCAGCAUGCAUCAACAACGUGACAGCACUAGCUUUGUAGUGCGAAGCACAAAGAAAUAAAAUCAAAAUCUAAAUGUAAACUCCAUGUGCGCCAAUGAAUAAAGAGCAGUCUACUAGUUGGUGCUGCUAAAUUUUAGGGGAACCAAGGGCAGUUUCGUUCUCCCCCAUACAAAGUGCCCGUCCGAAGAGAAGAUCACGGCCCCGACGACGACAAACGGCCAGUGCUGCCCGGUGUGCAACGUGUAAAAACUACCACCCGCGGCGCGGGCACCCUGACAUGGCGAAUUGUGUCGCAGUAGGAUAGCUCAUGAGCAAACUACUAAUAGGAACCACCACAUCAACAACGUCCGAGAUUUAAAUCCUACACGUUCGAUUUUUCUUUUCGAAGUCAUACUGGUGAACUCACGAAAGAUAGCGUGAGGCUGACGAGCGUUUUCUUGUUGUGUGAGGGUUUUGAUGACGUUUUGAGCGGUCAUAGGUCACACAUCUGUUGUUGUUUCACAACUUCUUUUCCUGUCUGAAGAGUAUUUGUAUUUAUUAUUCGUACCUUGAAGCUUUCGUAGACUUUUUUCCCUCCACUGCAAAGAGCUUCUUCACGUUUAGACGCUUCUGUGCUGUCGUGUGCAAGAAGGUUUUUCCGUUUUGAAUCUUUUUCUUUGGAGUGAAAGAACCGAGAAGAUAACUGUCAGCACAUCGCGGCGCUUUGCAGCGAGACAACGUGUGUUGAGUUUCGCAAGCAUUCAUGUGGCUGCAAAGUGGUAUAGAUCUUGUACUCUUUCUGUUGUUCCCUAUCCCUGUAAUAAGACAUGAAUUCGGUCCGUGG